AUGGCGUCCGCAACCAGCUUUUUCGACUUCACGCCUAAAGACAAGCGCGGCACCGAGUACCCGCUCUCGAAGCUGAACGGCAAGGUCGUGCUCGUCGUCAACACGGCCUCCAAGUGCGGCUUCACACCGCAGUUCGCGGGGCUGGAGAAGCUCUACAAGGACCUCAAGGGCCAGUACGGCGACAAGUUCGAAAUCAUCGGCUUCCCCUGCAACCAGUUCGGCGGCCAGGACCCCGGCAGCAACGACGAGAUCCAGGAGUUCUGCCAGCUCAACUACGGCGUCAGCUUCCCCGUGCUGGGCAAAAUCGAUGUCAACGGCGACAAGGCGGACCCGGCGUUCGAGUGGCUCAAGAACGAGAAGCCCGGCCUCAUGGGCUUGAAGCGCGUCAAGUGGAACUUUGAGAAGUUCCUUGUUGGCAAGGAUGGUAAGGUCAAGGGUCGCUGGGCUAGCACGAAGAAGCCCGAGGACCUGAAGGCGGACAUUGUCAAGGAGCUUGAGGGAAAAUAA